CCAUGGCUGCCGCCCGCCGACUGAGCUACUAAGUGGCUGCCGGGGUACUGGUCUCCGCUGCAGUUUCCCGGCUGCUCUGUGUCGGCGGGCUGGUGGCGCAUGGGUCUCCUCCGAGGCGUGCCCCCAUGCGCUCGGGCCAUGGCACGCCUGGGCGCUGUGCGCUCCCACUAUUGUGCGCUGCUUCUGGCCGCGGCGCUUGCGGUCUGUGCCUUUUACUACCUCGGCUCCGGCCGGGAGACCUUCUCCAGCGCCACCAAGAGGCUGAAGGAGGCCCGUGCCGGGGCCCCAGCCGUGCCCUCGCCGCCGGUGCUGGAGGUGGCGCGGGGCUCCGUGGCGCCAGCCCUGGGUGCUAAGGCCAAGAGCCUGGAGAGCGGCGGGGCCGGGCCGGUGGACUACCACCUGCUGAUGAUGUUCACCAAGGCGGAACACAAUGCCGCGCUGCAGGCCAAGGCUCGCAUCGCGCUCCGCUCCCUGCUGCGCCUCGCUAAGUUCGAGGCGAAUGAGGUGCUUAACCUGCACUUCGUGAGCGAGGAGGCCAGCCGCGAGGUGGCCAAGGCCCUGCUGCGGGAGCUGCUGCCGCCCGCCGCCGGCUUCAAGUGCAAGGUCGUCUUCCAUGACGUCGGCGUGCUGACGGACAAGCUCUUCCCCGUCGUGGAGGCCAUGCAGAAGCACUUCAGUGCCGGCUCUGGGACCUACUACAGCGACUCCAUCUUCUUCCUCUCGGUGGCCAUGCAUCAGAUCAUGCCCAAAGAGAUCCUGCGGAUAAUUCAGCUGGACCUAGACCUAAAGUACAAGACCAACAUCCGGGAAUUGUUUGAGGAGUUUGACAACUUCCUGCCAGGUGCUGUCAUUGGCAUAGCAAGGGAGAUGCAGCCCGUGUACAGGCACACAUUCUGGCAGUUCCGCCACGAGAACCCCAAGACCCGGGUCGGGGGCCCUCCCCCCGACGGGCUCCCCGGCUUCAACAGCGGGGUGAUGCUGCUCAACCUGGAGGCCAUGCGCCAGUCCCCGCUGUACAGCCGCCUGCUGGAACCGGCGCAGGUGCAGCAGCUGGCCGCCAAGUACCACUUCCGAGGUCACCUCGGGGACCAGGACUUCUUCACCAUGAUCGGCAUGGAGCAUCCUGAGCUCUUCCAUGUGCUGGACUGUACCUGGAACCGGCAGCUCUGCACCUGGUGGAGGGACCACGGCUACAGCGACGUCUUUGAUGCCUACUUCCGCUGCGAGGGCCACGUCAAGAUCUACCAUGGGAACUGCAACACACCCAUCCCAGAGGCCUAGGCACCUCUCACCGGCUGGGUCCUCGGGCUCUGGGGAAGGAGAGGGGCAGGGUGCCCCGACAGGCCUGGAGUGCUGUCCCAACUCCUACAGAGACACCGCGAGGAUGUCCUUGUGACCAGGUGCUGCAGCUCUCCCACUGCGGGUCACUGUCCUGAGGCUGCCUAGUGACGACUGGCCUGUACCCCGCUGGUGCUUGGGACACUUUUGUGGCCAGGGGGCCAAGUGUCGUGAAGGACGAACACAUAGCCCUGGCCUGGUGGGCUAGGAAGCCUUUGAAAAGAAGGAAGAAAACGGUGCCCCUUGCCUUCAGCCCCCAAAGCAUGGAAGUCCUUUUAAGAACUGGGCUUUCCUGGACCAAAAAUCAAUUUAUUUUCAAUCAACAGGUGAGAGAGAAAGAGUACUGCUGUAGCUCCCAGUGCCCCCUCUGAAUACGUGAGCCAGGGUUUUAACAACCGGCCCAGAGUUGAAGCAUCCAAACGAAUGCCAGCCUUCCACGUGCACACCCUGGGGGCUGUGUGCUUAUUGCCACGGUGCUCACGUCACCCGGCACAGGUGUAAAGAUCACCUCCUCUCUGGGGAGGGCCCUCAGCACCAAUUGUGGCCCACAGAGGAAACCUUCAUAGCAUUUCGCUCCCAAUUGCAUUACAGAAGCUCAUUAUCCCUGACUCACCCGUGCCAGCGCCAGGUGACCAGACUCUGCUCAGAAAUCAAACUCGCCAUCAAAGAACAGAGAUGGGCCAUCCCCAAGGGCACCUGGAUUGGGAAGACCCAUUCCAAAAAGGAGCCCAGCAGCACCUAUGCAGCUUGGAAGGGGUGUCGCUCUUAGGCUUACAAGCAUUCUAGUCUCUUGAUUUAGCAGAAUCACCCUUGUGACUUUGUUGCACCAGGUCAGACUCUGUACCUUAGAAGAAAUUAGGCUGUCAUUUCUUUCUUUGUGGCAGCACUCACAGCAUGUGGAAGGUUCCUGGGCCAGGGAUCAAACCCACGCCACAGCAGCCACCCAAACCGCUGUAGUGACAACAUCGGAUCUUUAGCCAGCUAUGUCACAGGAGAACUCCGGGCUGUCAUUUCCUGAUUUCUGCUUUUAAUGAGUUCUCCUGUAAGCGGACUGCAAACAUGGUCCAUUCUGUAUCAUCUAGCCGUGGUCCUCGGGGGAAAAUGUUGUUGAACUUUCAUCUUAUUUCAAUUGCAUUUACUUUUUUUUUCUCUCCAGGAGUGAGAAUAAUAAUCUUUGAGAAUGCAGUGGUUUAUACUGUUUGCUCUCUGAUCAGUUUCCUACUACCUGAAGGUUCUGAAUCACUGUCACUGUCAUUCAACGUCUCCCUCCCCUCAGGAUUAAGCUAGGGGUGCUCACAGCGGGUCCCCCAGGCCUAAGGGGGAGCAUGUCUGGGAAGGCAGUGGGGAGGCCAGCAGUGUUGUAUUGGACUCAGAAUAGAGAAUCAUUUCGUUCGAACUUGUGUGCAGGCCUAUCUGCUCCUGGGAGCAAAACCCACCACCUCAUCCCUGCUCAUCAAGCGUAGCCCUGAUGGUCUGGUCACCUCAUCGUCUGAUGAAGCGGAGCACACAUUUCUAACUCAGCUCUCACAGAGCUGGUCUGUCUUCUUAGGUGCCUGAUUCCCUGUUCUUAGCUACCAAUUACUGAAUGCCUGCUGCGUGCCCAGCAUUGUAUUAGGAGUGUGAGAACAUGCACUAUCACUGAUGCUCAUAAAAAUCUCAUGAAGCACAUUCAGAAUUUCUAAAAUUUGUUGUAAGAAAAUAACGAGAUUUGUGGACAGAGGGUCCUUGUUUAUCCCAGCCUUUUUUAUAGUAGAAAGAAAUUGAGAGCAAUUUAAACUGCUGAAUAGGGGAGUGGAUAAAUAACCUAUGUUAAUCCAUACAAUGGAGUACUUUAGGCAUUAAAAAUCAUAUUUUUAAAAAAUAAUGCUUUGGAAAAUGCUUACAAUGUGCUACUGAGAAUGCAAAAUACAGAAUUACAUGGACAGUAUGAUCCUAGUGUUAGUCUUUAAAUUACAUAUAUAUAUGUGUAUGGUGUUUGUAAAUAUUUAAAGAGCUUGUUCUGCUAUGUUUCAUUCGUUCAACUCCUAAAUUAAUCAUGCGUUUCAAACACCACAUUAAAAAAGCCAUCUAUUUGGGCAGUUCUUGUUGUGGCUCACUGAGUUACCCAACUAACAUCCAU